AUGUCGAUUCUGCAGGAGAAGCUAUGCAAAUCGAUUAUGUCGAAAAGUCCUGACCUUAUCAAAGCAAUCUUUGCUGACGAUAAAAUAAACAAGAAGGAGCGUGGAAGUCUGAACAAUAUUCUCAUACAGCUCAGAAAGUGUCUUUGCUAUCCGUUCAUGUAUAGCGAGGCGAUCGAAGAGAGGACGGCGGAUCAAAUCAAGAUGCAAGAGAACCUAGUAUCCGCGUCCGGAAAACUGAUGUUGCUUAACAUCAUGCUACCCAAGCUCAAGGAGCUUGGCCAUCGCGUAUUAAUCUUCAGUCAGUUCCUGAACCAAUUGGACAUCAUUGAGGAUUUCCUUAAUGGCCUUGGCUUCCAACACAGACGUCUUGAUGGCAAGAUCAAUAGCCAUGAAAAACAAAAGCAUAUUGAUACUUUCAAUGCCACAGACUCGCCUGUUUUUGCCUUUCUUCUAUCGACGAGAGCUGGAGGAGUAGGUAUCAAUCUCGCUAUAGCAGAUACCGUUAUAAUCCUAGACCCGGACUUCAACCCCCAUCAAGAUAUUCAAACCAUAUCCCGCGCACAUCGAAUCGGUCAAAAACACAAAGUUCUCUGCUUCCAGCUCAUGACGAAGAAUUCAGCUGAAGAAAAGAUUAUGCAGAUUGGCCGGAAGAAGAUGGCUCUUGAUCAUGUCCUGAUUAAGGCUAUGGACGAAGAGGGUGAGCCAGACGAUCUAGAGUCAAUCCUCAAGUUUGGAGCUUCUGCAUUGUUUAGCGAAGAUCAAGACAAGAAAGAUAUCAUACGCUAUGAUGAAGCCAGCAUCAAAAAGCUCCUUGAUCGAUCUCAAAUAGAACAGGCAGAGAUGGGACAAGACGAGUCAGCUGAAUCGACGUUCUCGUUUUGCCUGCCCGAGGAAAACGAGCCGAUUGUGAACCCGAACGUCUGGGAGGAAAUUCUUGCAGAACGCGAAGCUGAAGCAAAGCGAAUUGCAGAGCUAAACAAAGAAGUCCUCGGUCGUGGCGGUCGUCGACGUCAGCUGUAA